AUGGCCUGGGGGUUGAAGAAGAAGGAUCCCAAGGCCUACUUCUCCUACUUGGCCCAGCAUCCCGAGGUGUAUGCGAAGCAGCAAGAGGAUCGAGAUCGUUGGAGAGAAGGUUUGCCGCAGGUCCUCAUGGUUGCGGAAAAGCCCAGCGUGGCGCGCCUGGUGGCCGAAUGUUUGUGUGGAGAAGGCCGGGGCGACCGCGUGCGCGAGCGCCGGGGCUUGGCUGCCGCCUGCCCAGUGCUGGAGUUCGUGGCAGUGUUUCCCCCCACAGGGCAGCGGAGCGUGAUCACAAUGACUUCGGUCAUUGGGCACAUUUUUCAGCUGGAGUUCGAUGGACAACUCUCCAAUGAUUUGGUGGAGGUUUACUCCGCUCCAGUGGUGAAGGUCUUCACAGAGAGCGCGCGCAAGGUGCGCGUGGGAGAGCACUUGAAGGACUUAGCCAAAGACUCAUCGCAGCUGUGCCUUUGGUUGGAUGCUGAUGAUCGCGAAGGUGAGAACAUCGGCUUCGAAGUCAUCGCGCUUUGCAAGGAGUUCUUCGAUGAGACAAAGAUCCAUCGUGCGAUUUUCUCGGCCCUCACAAAGGAUGAGGUGAGUGCCUCCUUUCAAGCUCUGGGGCGGCCCAAUGCAGAUAUUGCCAUGGGAGUGGAUACACGGCAAGAGCUCGACUUACGUGUAGGAAUUGCUUUCAGUCGCCUGCUGACGCGACAUUUGCGAAACACACCCCUGGCCAGACGAGGGAAAGGUCUCAAGCCCUCCAUCACGUAUGGCCCCUGCCAAACACCGGCCUUGGGAUUCUGUGUCCAACGACAAGAUGAGAUUGACGCCUUUCGCCCAAAAAAGAUCUGGCGCCCGACGCUGGAGCUCGACCCCGCCGAAGCCCAAGCGCUCCGGCGGGCCCUGACAGAUGCUAACUCCGCUGAGCUGCAGCUCGCAGUGAAGGAGGACGGCCGAGUGAUGGGCGGUCGUGGGAGGUCCUGUGCCAUGGAUAGCGCGAAGCUGGCUUCGAUCUCCGCCCCCUUUGGGCCCCGACUUCGUGACCUGUCAGAGGCACUGCACUCUCCUAGCUGGAGCAUUGCCCUUGGUGACAGGACAUUGUUGUCGGCUGAGGCCCUCGAUAUACAAGGUGAUGAAGUGGUUGCUCGGCUUUUCCGCUUCGUACCGGGUCAGGGCUUUGUGGACUCAGGUGACGAUUACAUCUCCAAGCUGCGUCUUCCGCGUUUGGGUGAUAGACCGAUCAAUCUGUUCACUGGAGCUCACUUCACCUGCGUGGGCCUUGUUGUGAACUGCACUAAGGACAUGCUGGAGUUCAGUGAGGGGGUUGCCCUAGGUAUUCGACCAGAAUUUGUCCCGGACAUGGCGUGGAGCUUUCUUCACCAGUUCGCCGGAGCUUUUUCUGGGUGGAAACAAGCUGUUCAAUGGUUGGGAAAGUCGGGCACCAAUUUCGUGCUCGGCCAACAGGUCUCCGUGGAUGCUGCAACCGAGGUCAUUGCCGAGCUCUAUGAUCGACUGGCCAUUGGCCUUCCUUCCCUGUCAAGGUGUCAGGAAGCGGAGCUUCGUGCGAACCAGUUCCCAGAGUACACCACCGCCGCUGGUGCGGCAUCUGACAUGGAUACCAGCCCCCAGCACAAAUCCAGCCCCAGCCAGCCCGCAGCGGCAGCCCCCAGUGAGAAGCAGGACCCCCUGCCAUUGCCAAACCCGGUGACGCCCGUGCUUUUGAUCCAUCGUCUGAACCCACUGAGGCUGACUGGCACACGAUUUGUUGCUUUGCCCGCCAACUGCAAUGGCGACAUGAGGAAGGAGAUGUUGCCACGACCAUUGGGCUUGAACACUGUGCAGCUGCUGCGAGCAGCCAGCAAUGCUUUAAACCUGGGCCCCAAGCAGGCGAUGAAAGUGGCCGAGGACCAUGUCAAAGAGAUGGCCUUCCAAGACCUCUACUCUUCGGGUUUGAUCAGCUACCCGCGGACGGAGACCACCCGGUACCACGAGACCUUUGAUGCCCGGCCCUCCUUGCGCCCGUUGACCAUGCUGAAGCUGGUCGGUGCCGCGCAGGCAUUGAAGACCUGGAUGGCCCAGUCGCACCAACAGAGCUACCGAGCUCGGGACGUGGGAGAUCAUCCGCCCAUCGUCCCCUUGCGAACACCAGAGCCUGGAGAGGUCAGCGGACAGCAGAAGCGGCUCUACGACUACGUGUGCCAGCAUUUCGUGGCGUCUUGGCUUGCUGAUGUGAAGCUCCAGCGCUACGAGGCCACAGUGGAGAUUGAAGGUUUCCAAUUCCAACUGCUGCUACGGCUCUUCGGGGCAUCCUCUGGCUGGCUGCAAGCGAUGCCCUGGCGGAUCCGAGAGUUGUCUUUGGGGCGAGAUGAUCCUCGCUGCUCCAUCCUCAAGAAACUUCACGGCCGAAAGGUGCACUUGAAGGGUUUCCAGCUCGCGGAGAGUUGGACGGAGCCGCCGAAACCGUUGACGGAAGCGGAGCUGGUGGAGCUUAUGGAUCAGAAUGGCAUUGGAACCGAUGCAUCGAUCCCUCAGCAUAUUCAGACCAUCCAAGACCGCGCCUAUGUUCAACUCCACGACGGCGACGGCCAGCCGAUCCUCCCACACUUCGGCCCUCAGCGUGGCAAAGCGCCGCCGAAACGGGCGCCGGGGCGCUACUUGGUGCCCAGCCGAAGAGGAUUGGCCUUGGUGAAGGGCCUCUCUGCCUUGGACGCCUCCUUGUGCGAGCCAGAGGUCCGUGCCCUCAUCGAGCGCGAGUGUGCCAUGGUGGCGACCGCGGAGAUGAAGCAGGAGGCCGUGCUGCAGCGCAACGUGGCGCUCUUCCGGGAGAAGUUCCUCCAUGUGGCGAGCUCCAUGGACGAGGUGAAGCGUUUCUUUGAGGAGUCCAAGAGCCAGUCGCCAGGAUUGCGAGAGUCGCCCAAGCGGUCACGGCGACGUGA